CAAUAAUGAGUGGAUACACAGACGAUCAUUCAAAUUUAUUAAAAAGAUACCUCAAGUUUUUCAACUUGAAAAAGGAAUCUGCUUUUAAGGAAGUUAAAUUGUCCCUUGGAGACAUCAGAGAGGACUCCCUUGACAAUGCAGUCUUCACUAAAGCAGAUGUUGAAGGAAUCUUCUCCAAAAUUGAAGAAGAAGUCGUCAGUACUUUCAGAGACGAACUUGAUAGGUUCUACAAGAUGUCAGGAGUCUUUGUACAAAUGCUCCUUCAUGAUGCAGAGAAACAAGAUGCAAAUAUAAACGCAGAAGUCAGUUUUAUGGAAAAUUAUAAAGCACUUGAGGAGAUUAAGCAGUUUGAGGAAGAAAAAGAAGCACUCUCUUUACCAUCCAUGGUGAAUAAGGUUAGCAAAAUGGCGUCAAAACUUCCAACCCUGCUCGAUAAGGAUGAAAAUAAGCAGCUGCAAUUUCAAAACAAACAAUUGAUGACUGAGAAUGAAUCUCUUAAGAAAAAGAUAGCUUUUCAAGAGAAGAAACUCAUAGAUAGCUUGAAGGAGAAAUAGCACUCUUUCUACAAGCUUAAAGCAGACAGAGAGCGAAAGUAGCAGCCUCAAAUCAGAGUUGGAAGGGAACAUAAUCAUGACGGCUUCUGAGAAGGCUUCACUCGAAUCCAAACUUACCAGCUAUAAAUCUGAAAUUACUGAAUACAAAAAGCAGCUGAAUACUAAGAUUAGUAAGUUGAAACAAGUUGAGGCGAUGAAGAAAAUGCUGACUGACAAGAAUACUGAGAUAAAAGAAUUAAGGGAGAAGCUUUCAGCGUACGAAUAAGUGUAAUCAAUUGCUUCAAUACAGCACAAGAA